GAUGGAGCCAAUCGGAGAUCCCAGGCGUGGUCUACUUCAAUCAGUUUAUUACAAUGAAGGAUCUCCGGCUCUGCAUCGAAAGAUUAUCUCCAUUCUCAGUUUGCGUCAAGAUGUUGUAGCGAGUCGUUUGAGGAGCUGAUUUUUGUUUCCCCUGCAGCUUCUCUUGGUGGAAAUACUGGAGGGCAGUCUUUGUGCACCCACCAUAAUGAAUCCGAUGCCCGUGUGCUCCGUUAGCGGUGGAGACAUAUUUGACUGUGUACAGAGAGGGAAUCUUGAACAGUGUAUACACUUCGUCCAGAAUGAUCGAACAGUCCUGAAGCACAAAGGCUGGGGAGGUUUCACCCCGCUCCAUUAUGCUGCCCUCCAUGGUAACCGUGCCCUGGUAGACUUUUUCCUCAGCAGUGGAGCAGAUCCUAACAUGACAUGUGAUGCAGGGCAGACAGCUUUUCAUUUUGCCUGCAGGCAAGGGAACAUCUACAUUAUCCACAAAAUGAUGCAGUAUGGAGCUGACCUGCAUCUCAUAGACUUCCAGAGAAAAACAUCCCUGCAUCAUGCAGUUACUGGGGGCAACAUUGUUGCAGUGCAUUAUUUGUGGGAAACAGGAAUGUUCCGGUUCUCAGACACAGAUAUGUACCAGGUGACACCCCUUCACCUGGCAGCAUCCACAGGCAACAUAGAGAUGGUUCGAUAUUUGCUCAGAGACCAGAGGUGUGCUGUAGAUGCAGUUGACCAGCAGGGAGCAACAGCGCUUCACGUUGCAGCAGAGAGGGGUGGAGUGGAGGUGUGCUGGACUCUGCUGCAGAGGACCGGGUGCAGGAUGCUCCAUCAGAAGAACUACAGCGGCCUCACACCUCUGGAUCUCUGCAAACAAGGGAAGACAUUCAGGCAUCAGCAGCUGACCAAACUACUGAGUCGGUAUAUUAAUGAGCCAAUACACCACAAGCCCAGAGAGUCUCAUGUGUUGUACUGCUGGACAUUGUUUUUUCCAUCUCUGAGUGGAGCUGCCAUCCUGCUAAUAGCAACCAUGUUGGGAGGCUACGGGGGGCUCAUCUGUGCUUUGCUCUUCCCUUGGCUGGCCAGAAGCAUUUUUACACAGUACCACCGCAUCACCACAUACCAAAGGUUACCCAACCCAGUAUACCUGGGAACUCUCAUUGCUGGCAUGUUCCAUUCCCUGCUCUGCUACUAUGGCAGAAUGGUGCCCAGUGUGUGGCCAACCAGUGCUUUGGCUCAGGUGUCAUUGGUCCACUUCUCCAUGCUCCUAGCUCUGUUCUGUAAGAUUCUGACUCAGGACCCCGGGGUACUAGACAGAGCAGAUGCAGAUCCUCAGUUCACCUGUAUUGCUGACCUGGUAGAGAACAACCAGAGUCCUCACCGGUUCUGUCCGUAUUGUGAGCUGUUUCUGCCUGACUACACAAAACACUGCAAGCUGUGUGAAGUCUGCAUCAAAGACUAUGACCAUCACUGCCUUUUCCUCAAUCGCUGCAUAGGCCGGGCUAAUCACCGCCUGUUCCUCGUCUUCAUCCUCUCCAUGGUGGUAGCCCACCUUCUUUUUGUUGCCAUGGCAAUAAGCUACCUGUACAGCAAGAUGUCUGCAGGCAGUCACAGCUUAUCAAUGUGGCUCACGUUGUUGGGAGAAGAGUUCUGGGUUGUGGUCAUGAUUGUUAUGAAUGCACUGACACUCUUCUGGGAGGUAUGGCUUCUGACUGAGCAGUUUGACUCUGUUGCCACGGGAACAACUACUUACUUCAGACAGUGUGAGACCUCAGUACAACAGAGGUCACUCAGGCAACGCUGGCUUAUAGUGCUGUCAUUUCUGCUGGAAGGGAGGAGAUGGGUAGGAAGCCAACAAACUAAAGAGAUCAAAGCUGCCAUAGAUAUUUAAGACUGUCUGUUUGUUCCAUUGGUAGCUACCUUGAAAAUUGUUUCACUGUUUUUCAUUUACAGUCUUGAGGUUCAGUCAAUUUUGUGAUGUGGUCUUUUAUUUAGUAGCUCUAAUGCCAUUUAAUAUCUUGUACUUUAAUAUAUUUUUAUCAUGCCAUAAUAUAUUUUUAAUAUAGAGUUGGUUGUAAAGUAGAAUGGCCAAGAAAUUUGUCUACAAACUUGCUUUCAGGAGAACUUCUACUAAAGGUUUUAAAGACCUUAUAUGUAGCUGUUUUUAUAAUAUAUCCCUUCACACAUUUAUUAAAUUAAGUUGUUAUUGCUUUAAAGAGAUUUUUUUAUAUAUAUAAUGUAAGGAAUACUGUAGAUCAAACCCUAAGCUAGUGAUGAUGAUUUUUAGCAGGUGUACUGAAUGACUUUGUUCCUAACUUAACAUCAUUACCUUACCAACCUGUUCUAAAUCAUUUAUGCCACGACACUUCCUCUGCUCUCACUAAUGGGACAUGCUCUUUUCAUGCCUUCAAUUACACACACUCAUUUCCUACGUGUCCCACAGGACCAUAUCUCUAGAUUAUAGAUGAUGUUCUCCACACCCCUCAGAGGCUGGUGUGUCUGGACUGGGUGAGUGGCUACGUCAUGUGAUAUAAUUUAGUGUGUACUAUACAGCCUGUCAUGCAUAUGAAGUGAUUAAGCAGACCACAUGUACUGUAAGACUGUGAAAUGGAGUGUUUUUACUUGUAUUACUCCAAAUCUGAAUCAGUGCUAUUCAGCUGGCUGUUACUUGUCAAUAUUGUCAAUAUUUUCAUAUAUUUUAUGUGUAGUAAUGUGUUUUAUCUGUGAUUAUUCACUUUCUUUGGGUUUCUAAUAUGAUGCCUUUUGUGCCAUGGUGUUUCUUAUGCUGUAAGAAAAUAUGAUUAAUAAUAAAUAAAAA